CAACCAUCUGUCUGUACUACCGGAUGGCUGAGUUAUCAACUGAGUUAUACUGGGAUCACGGUGGAGAAAGUUUGGGAGACAUAACUCCGUUUACGACAGAGAAUGAGGAGAAUUCACCGUUACAUCGAUCUACAAGGGAUGAGGGUCUGAACCUGAAUUAUUUGCAGACAUUACAGCUUAUACAGAAUCUCGAGGAAACCAGUGAUAUCUUACGCAACUUCUUAACAGAAAUAGAUGCAGAUCUUGAAAAGAAACAAAUAAGAGAACAGUCAUCUUAUACUCCAACUAAUAGCAGCAGAUUUAGAGAUUUUAUGUGUAAAAAAUGUUUAUCUGUACUCAGAGCAGUCACUGGAACUAAAACUAUCAUUUUCACAGUUAUUCUUCAGGGCAUAAAUCUGUUAAUACAAACAAUCAUAGAUUUUUUACCACAAAAUGACACGAAAGCAGCAUUAGAUGCAAGUAGUGCUACUAUGAUCAUACUCCAGCUUAUAAAUCUAGUCCUCAUUAUCAUAACAUCAGCCAAUUUAGCCAGACAGAUGAUUUCCGGUAUUCAGCCUGUUAGUUGGAUAUUUCUGAUCCAGUCAUACAUUGCCACGUUGUUGUUGUUUGCUGGAUUGUAUACUAUUACUAAACGUUUAAAGCCAACAUCUUGGAAAUAUUUACGGGAGGAUGUAGAUGACCCAGUGUAUAUUGCUAUAAUUUAUUGUAAAUUCCUGUACUUCUCUGUAUCUACUGGUACCCUAUGUGGGAAUGUUGACAUCACACCUGAUGACUGGUACAAUUGUAUAUUUGUUUCAAUGCAGAUGUUGUUAAGUUUUAUGUAUUUUGCGUCAAUACUAGGACAUGCCUGCAUGCCUCUCCAUUCUGCAAAAAAAGAGAGAUUAUUAUCAAGGUUAUCAUCAAUUAAUAGUCCCAGAGAUAGUUCUAGAGUACCAAGCAGAAUAGUUACACCCAAUCAUUCGUCACCAAGAUUGCUUGAUACUGACUAUGCAAAUUAUGGAUCAACAGGAGAAAGAUCUGAAAAGGAAGACAAAUGAUUACAUAGACUUGGAUGCUGUUUAUAUUAUCAGAUCUCAUCAGGAGCGAGGAAGAUUUUUUGUUGAAGAUGAUAAAGAUUGUUGCGUUUAUUGGCUUAGUAAUAUUUUUAUGUUUGAUGUAUAGAUAUUCUUCUAUUACUAACAGUUUGGUUUACAAUUCCUAACGUAUUUUUUAUUUGUUAUAAUGCAGUAACCUAUUUGAUUAAAAUGUAGUGUGUGCUGUUUAAAAGCUCUUCAAAGACUUUUGGAUUCACAGUUUUUGAGAUGACAACUACAAUAUAGCAUGUUAAAUCUAUUGCUAUUAUAAUAGAUGCAAGAAAAUUUCGAUAAUUGAUUUAAAAUGAUUAUUUUCCUAUCAACAUAAUGUAACAAAAUUUUCAUUUAUUUUUUAAAGAUGAAAAUUUUGUGUGAAAAAUAUAGUAUUAGUUUCUCAUAUUUCAAUAUACAAUGCAUUUUAUGAUAUAAAUAAUGUGAAAGCACACAUUAAAAUCCUAUAAAGACAGUCAUUACAUUAGAUUUAUUAAGAAUAGAAUAAAGAAAACUUUUUAAACAGCUGUAUGUAGUAUACAGUUAAGAGGGUGUGUUCAAUUAUAUGAUAUUUCCUAGUAUUGUAUUGGUUUGAAUUGAUACAUUACUAGUACACUAUAAAACAUAUCAUUUUUGUCGAGCCUGCGACUUUAGUCGCAAAAGCGAGACAUAGCGAUCCUACAUUCCGUCAUCGUCUUCGGCGGCAGCGUCCACCAUUAUUCACUCUGUGGUUGAAGUUUUUGAAAUUUUAAUAACUUUCUUAAACUAUCCUGGGUUUCUACCAAACUUGGACAGAAGCUGGUUUAUGAUCAUAAGAUAGUAUCCAGAAGUAAGUUUUGUAAAAAAUAAAAUCCUGUUUAUCUUUAUUUUAAUUUUAAAUGGACUUAGUUUUUCUGCCAGUUAACAUUACAUUCACUCUGUUGAUUAAGUUUUUCAAAUUUUAAUAACUUUCCUAAACUAUCCUGGAUUCAUACCAUACUUGGUUAGAAGCUUGUUUAUGAUCAUAAGAUAGUAUUUAAAAGUAAAUUUUGUUAAAAAAAAAAUCCUGUUUUUCCGUAUUUUACUUAUAAAUGGACUUAGUUUUUCUGCCAGUUAACAUAACAUUCACUCUGUGGUUAAAGUUUUCAAAAUUUUAAUAACUUUCUUAAACUAUCCUGGAUUUGUACCAAACUUGGACAGAUGCUUGUUUAUGAUCAAAAGCUAGUAUCUAGAAGGAAAUUUUGUAAAAAAAAAUUUCCUGUUUUUCCGUAUAUUACUUAUAAAUGGACUUAGUUUUUCUUCCAGUUAACAUUACAUACAGUCUGCAGUUAAAGUUUUUAAAACAUUUAUUAGAUUCAUAAACCAUCCUGGAUUCUUACCAAACUUGAACAGAAGCUUUUUACAUUCAAAAGAUAGUAUCUAGAGGAAAAUUUUUAAUAAUUAUUUCCCCAUUUUUGUUGAGCCUGCGACUAACAGCAAAAGUAGGCGAGACACUGGGUUCUGCAGAACCCUUACGAAUUUUUAUAUUCAUUACCAUAUAAAGCAAGAAUGUGCCUAUACUAUAAUUUGUUACUCAUUAUUUAUUGUUAUGUUAUUGAUUUCUAUAAGUAUUAUACACCUUUGCUAAUUUGUUUUUAAGGUGGUGAAUUUUCUAGUCAGAAAUAUAGAUUUAUCGGUGAUGUGUCAUUCUUGCCAAAACUGUUUCAGUUUACAUCAUUAAAAUUUCAUUUGAAACCAUUUUGCCAUAUUGCUAUGAAGAUGAUAUCAAAGCUAGUGGUUGGACUGAAGUUUUCAGUGAAACAUUAUCAGCAUUAGAUUUAUUGAUUGAUUGAUUGUUUGGUGUUUAACACCACUUUUAGAACAUUUGGCUAUAUCAUGGCAGCCAGUUUGCUGGAGGAUGCAAGGGUAUCCAGAGAGAGGACUUUGGGCAGAAAAACUGGUAAUUCUAGUCUAGGGAGGUACCCUGCUGGAGCCUGAUUUAUCAGAAUGAACUUUUUCUGUAUGAAUUUAGAGCAGUACUUUUGACACUCUCUCUCAUUCAAUCUGUAAUUUUAUAUCAUUAAAGGAACACCAGUGCACUAUUAGAAGAGAAUCAAGAAAAGCGGUGUUCUUUAAGCUUUUAGAUAAUUUUUUUUAGGUCAGUGCCUUCUUUGUUUAGAGUAAUUACCAUAAUGAAAAGUAUUUAUUCAGGAAACAUUGGAAAAGUAACCUACCUCAGAUUCAUUGGAAUGACAAUAGUAAAAUUGUUGAAUUUAUAUGAUGUAAUUGUCCAUUUGAUUCUGGGAAUAUGCUCAAGGCUUCAGUAAAAUUUCAAUUUAUUAAAGUAUUGCUUUUUAGCUCACCCUGGCGUCGUCGUCAUUGUCGUCAUCAUCGGUCGUCGUUAGCUUUUUACAAAAAUCUUCUCCUCUGAAACCACUGGGACAAAUUUAACAAAACUUGGCCACAAUCAUCAUUAGGGUAUCUAGUUUAAAAAAUGUGUCCAAUGACCCUGCCAACCAACCAAGAUGGCCGCCAUGGCUAAAAAUAGAACAUAGGGGUAAAAUGUAGAUUUUGGCUUAUAUCUCUGAAACCAAAGCAUUUAGAGUUAAUCUGACAGGAUAAAACUGAUUAUCAGGUCAAGAUCUAUCUGCCCUGAAAUUUUCAGACAAAUCUGACAACCUGUUGUUGGGUUGCUGCCCCUGAAUUGGUAAUUUUAAGGAAAUUUUGCAGUUUUUGGUUAUUAUCUUGAAUAUUAUUAUAUAGAUAGAGAUAAACUGUAAACAGCAAUAAUGUUCAGUAAAGUAAGAUCUACAAAUAAGUUGUUUUGAACAAAAUUGUCAGUCUACCCCUUUAGGAGUUAUUGCCCUUAAUAGUCAAUUUUUAACAAUUUUUUGUAAAUUUUGGUAAUCUUUUACAAAAAUCUUCUUCUCUGAAACUACUGAGACAAAUUUAACCAAACUUGGCCACAAUCAUCAUUAGGGUAUCUAGUUUAAAAAAUGUGUCCAAUGACCCUGCCAACCAACCAAGAUGGCCGCCAUGGCUAAAAAUAGAACAUAGGGGUAAAAUGUAGAUUUUGGCUUAUAUCUCUGAAACCAAAGCAUUUAGAGUAAAUCUGACAGGAUAAAACUGAUUAUCAGGUCAAGAUCUAUCUGCCCUGAAAUUUUCAGACAAAUCUGACAACCUGUUGUUGGGUUGCUGCCCCUGAAUUGGUAAUUUUAAGGAAAUUUUGCAGUUUUUGGUUAUUAUCUUGAAUAUUAUUAUAUAGAUAGAGAUAAACUGUAAACAGCAAUAAUGUUCAGUAAAGUAAGAUCUACAAAUAAGUUGUUAUGAACAAAAUUGUCAGUCUACCCCUUUAGGAGUUAUUGCCCUUAAUAGUCAAUUUUUAACAAUUUUUUGUAAAUUUUGGUAAUCUUUUACAAAAAUCUUCUUCUCUGAAACUACUGAGACAAAUUUAACCAUACUUGGCCAUAAUCAUUAUUAGGGUAUCUAGUUUAAAAAAUUUGUCUGAUGACCCCGCCUUCCAACCAUCAUGGCUGACUUUGUUAAAAAUAGAACAUAGGGGUAAAAUGCAGUUUUUGGUUUAUAUCUCUGAAACUAAAGCAUUUAGAACAAAUCUGACAGGGGCAAAAUGUUCAUCAGAUUUAGAUUAAUCUGCCCUGAAAUUUUCAGACGAAUCCGACAACCCGUUGUUGGGUUGCUGCCCCUGAGUUAGUAAUUUUACAAUAAUUUUGCAGUUUUUUGUUAUUAUCUUAGAUAUCAUUAUAAUAUCUAAUAUCUAAUACUAUUAAUUAUGAUUUUAACCUUAUUUUACAUGAUUUACAAAGCAUCAGUAAAUACAGGUGAGCGACACAGGCUCUUGAGAGCCUCUAGUUUUUCAUUUCAUUAGUAUAUAGGUAUAGCUUACAAGAUGGAAGAAAAAGAAACAUUAAAUGGGAAAUUUUGGUUGUGUCAUAUUUUUGGUGGAAGAUAUUUUACCAUGUUUACUGUGAAAAACUGUACUGGAAUACUUCACUGUCAAGUUAUAUACAUGGCCUUUGAAAUCAGAACAAUAAACACAACACAGAUUUAACUGUGCUUUUUAAGGUUAAAAUGGUGAACAAAACCUGAAACAAAAAAUAACCUGAUUAUUACGGUAUAAUGGCUUUAUUUUUUUAUUUUUCUUACUUUAGAUUAUGUUUGAUUGUUUUAAACCAAUGUUUUAGUAUUUUUUUCUGAUUUUAACUCUUUUUUUUAAAUUUUUAUUUGAAGUUUUAUACUCUGUGGUGGACUAAAUAUUUACUAAUGAUGUAAAAUUAUGAUAUGUGGUUAUAUUAUAUACCAUAUAUAUUCUUUUAUUAAGUGAAUUUUGAAUAAAAAUAUUUUUUCACAUUA